AUGCAUCCGCCUUCAGUUAUGCAGGUUGCUUCCGGUCCUCCGCCCGGUACGCACGCGUUCGACAGACAUUUAUCCCCUCUCAGCAACGCUUUGGGCAAGUAUGCGGAUCCCAAAACGGCGAGAGCUGGACGGCAUCCCUCCAGCACGUGUCGAAUAUGUGCUGGACUGUUAUCCGUGCUGGCAGUUGUGGCAGUCACGCUGAAGUUCUUCCGCUUUUGCUACGACUUGGGAGGCCGGGGUGAUUUGUCGCGACGGUUGGCAGGUAGAGAGCCUGCACCGGAGGAAGACCUCGACCUCUCAACCAUUAUUGAGAUGUGUUUGGAUAUGGAGGAGGAGAUCAGUGUCGGCCCGCAAACUCCAGCCGUUCCGCCAGAGGGACAGUGGGAGCAGCAUUCGUCAUGGCAAUUGCUUACACCCUAUCAGCAAAGCCAGCAGACAAUCCCAGCGGUUCCAUCCUCCGCAGAGUGGGGAAGUUUCCAGCAAUCAGAGGGAGGACAGUUCUUCGAGCCUACCCCGAUUUCGCUUGUGCAGGGAGAUUAUGACCAGGGUUGGCCGCACUCUGUUGAGGAAGCUCAUCAAAUGCCCCUUGAAGGGCCUUCCGAAUUGUGGCAGGGCUCUUCAGUGUUGCCACCCUACAGUGGUAGCCCGUUCACCACGGCGAGUGAGGGAUCUACAUCCACUGCACCUCCAUGGCCUACGAGCGCGCCUUCCCAAUUUCAGAACCUGGGCCUAGGUAGCUCUUUCGCAGCCAGCGAUGAGCAUGUAGUCCCAGGCUUACCAACAGCCAUGGAAUUGCCGAAUCCAGUACACUUUGGGGGUGUAUCAUCAAGUCAGCAAAUGAAUAUCCAGGCUAGCCCAGACCGCACCCAUCUUGUAUCUCUGCAGGCAGAUGUUAGGCAAGAGGGAGCCUCUGAGGGCGGAAGAUUCCAUCACCCACAUACUCUGGAGGUUCCCCACGUUUUUCAGAGCCACGUAACAUCGCCAAUCGGGCCAACGUUUGGAGAAUAUAAUCCCAGUGCUUACGCUGGACUCUCUAGUGCAUUUUUGCCCGAGGGGCAGAGCAGCGCAAGCGUAAAUCAACAGGUCACUGCUGCCGCAGGAGUGCAGAACCCCUCGUCUUCAACUUCUCUGCAAACUCCAGUGGAUGAAGGAACCGAUCAGCAGCAGGAGUGCAGAACCCCUCGUCUUCAACUUCUCUGCAAACUCCAGUGGAUGAAGGAACCGAUCAGCAUGCAGAUGGCCCCCUUUCAAUACCUCCUGCUGACCCCAGAGCGUUCCGGUCCCAUCAUCCCUUUUAUAAACUUCCCGAGGUGA